ACGCUGCAUUCUGAGAGGCUUUUUUCCCCCCCGGAUUGAGAUGAUUCAAGUUUCAAGAACGCCAGAGUUUUCCAACUUUGGGAACAUGAAUAUGAUUUCUUACGCUUCUCCUGAACAAGACCUGAGCUCCAUGUCGACGGGCAGGAGACCAAGAUCUCAUUCAUAUAACAACCCAGACGACAGUAAGAACUUUGGUUUGCAAACACAGCUCAGCAUUGCAAGACCUCGAUCCAGGUCAUUUUACAGUUAUGAGACAUCAGAGCUGCACUCCGAGUUCGAGACAGGAAACUUCUCACGUUCCUCCCCUCUGAGGCAGAGAACAACCUCGCAGUUAAGACAUCAAAUGUCCAAAAAGGAGGAUAAAGAUGAGAAACACUCCGUUCCGGUUCCCAUCAAUCCAAAGAAGUCUAAACCAGUUAAGCUGUCGAGAGAGAUCAGUGGGAGUAAAACCAGACGGGUGUCCAUGAUAACCAUCUCUGAGUCGGACAACUGGGAAAUUUGCUCCAGCUCCGGUAUGAAGUACGGCCAGUUUGUGGACUGGGAGAAGAUUGAUCCAGAGCCUGCGAAGAAAUACCAGCAGAUCCUGAAGAGCAGCCACCAGCAGCUGAAAACCAUGGGCCGAGAGGGAUUCUGGGCCGUGCCGCAUACCCUGAGGGCCAAAGCUUACUAUCAUAUCAUCCACAACAUCAACUCCAGGGCUGUUACUCCAGACAGAGAUGUUUACUACAAUCUGGCCAAGAAGCUGUUUGGGGAACAGAAAGUUAGCACUCACCCAGUCCCGGAGUACAUGGAGGACGGGGAAAUACCGAGAUACUGUCUCAACAAAGCAGGCAUGAAUUCUGUGAAAAAGAUCCUCCUCUGCCUCAGUGAUUACUUCCCCGACAUGAGCUACUGCCCCAUCCUUCCUGCCUUGGUCUCUCUCAUACUCCACUUCAGUGAGGAUGAAGCAGAGUGUUUCUACAGUGUGUCAAGACUCAUCUGCUACAAGGACCCGAAUAAGCGCUACAUUGACCAGACCUUUCUGACCUACCAUGCUUCCUGUAUGACAUUUGGGGACAUUGCCAAUAGGUGUUGCAGAGGCAUACGGAAACUGAUUGCCAGCUCCCACCAAAACCUCUUUGAAUUUUACUCUGACUGGAUCAUGUGGAUUUUCGCAGACCUUCCAUUCACAUAUGCAAUCAGAGUUCUGGAUGUCUACCUACUGGAAGGCUUCAAGGUUCUCUUCAGGAUCGCACUGGCUUUGCUGGAUCUCUACAAAACGUCAGUGUCGUCUCGAGUGGCAGACGUCGGAGACUUCAGGACUGACAUGAAGCGUUUUGUGCAAAGCGUGGAUCGCCACUGCACGUCUGAGAAGCUUCUGGAAAGAGCCUUCCAGAUUCCGAUUGCUACUAGAAGCGAGCUCAACCUUUUGUUCAGUGCAAAUAAGGAUGCCUUGAUGCAGAAAGGUGUCAGCACUCACCAAAAGAGGCAAACGGUGGAAAAAGUGGAUUUCAGCAACUUCAGCUCCAGUGUCGUCACAGGGACGGAGAUGAGGGUCAUCUGGGCCUGGAUUCCUGAACGCUUUGCUCUUUUCAGCCCCGUUCGAUUGUUUCAUACGGCAGAACAUGGAAGAGAUCUUUCUUCAUUAUAUUCACUUGUUGAAGGACAUGAGCCAGUGGUUCUCAUCGUUAAGACAAUGGAUGAAGAGGUUUUUGGAGCUUUCUUGUCAACGGAUUUGAUAGAACGGCGGAAUCAUGACUCUCAGGCACUUACGUAUUUUGGAACUGGCGAAUGUUUUGUUUUCACGGUAAGCCACCUUCAUGACUUUGCAUCUACCGAGGUUUGAUCUGUCCUAAUUUAAUUGAACUGUAAUUAACAAACAUGAAA